UUUCUUUCUCUCUCUCUCUCUCUCUCUCUCUCUCUCUCUCUCUCUCUCUCUCUCUCUCUCUCUCUCUCUCUCUAUAAGAUUUUAUCGAACACCUUGUUUACGUCUCACCAGCGCCGGUAUUUCGCCGGAACAGUACUCCUCCGGCAAAGGACGCUGUGAAGUCUCCCAACAAGUCAAGAGUUUCCUGUUUCCUAGUUUGGCAACUGAAUCGCAAAACGGAAUAUAUGGCAGCGGAGACGGAGAUUCUUUAACCAGUUGAUUCUUGAAGAAAGUAACGAUAGAGAUGGGGAAGGUAGGAUUAGGUUUGGCUGUGGGGUGUGCAGUGGCGAGUUGUGCGAUCGCGUCGGUGAUGGUGGGGAAGAGAGUAAGGAGUCGGAGGCGAUGGUGGAAGGUCGUUAGGGUGCUGGAUGAGUUCGAAGAGGCGGCUUCGACACCAGUCGGAAGGUUAAGGCAAGUGGUUGAUGCUAUGGCCGUUGAGAUGCACGCUGGUUUAGCCUCUGAGGGCGGUAGUAAGCUUAAGAUGUUACUCACCUUCGUCGACAAUCUCCCCGACGGGAGUGAAAACGGAAUUUAUUAUGCUCUUCAUAUUGGAGGCACCAAUUUUAGGCUUCUAAGAAUCCAACUUGGAGGUCAAAGGUCAAUCCUUAGUCAUGAUGUUGAACGAAAACCAAUUCCACAACAUUUAAUGACAAGCACAAGCGAGGAGCUUUUUGAUUUCAUUGCUUUGUCCUUAAAGGAAUUCAUUGAAAGAAAUGGAAAUAAUCAAAUUAGAGGAAAAGAUCUUGGCUUUACAUUCUCAUUUCCUGUAAAACAAACAUCUCUUUCAUCAGGCACUUUGAUCAAAUGGACUAAAGGUUUUUCCAUUGAAGACAUGGUUGAAAAAGAUGUUGUUGAAUGUCUGCAAAAAGCAUUGUCUAGAAGAGGUGUAGAUAUGAAUGUUGCUGCACUUGUGAAUGAUAGUGUUGGGACAUUAGCUCUUGGACAUUUUUAUGAUAAAGAUACAGUUGCAGCAGUUGUAAUUGGAACAGGAACAAAUGCAUGUUAUUUGGAGAGAGCUGAUGCAGUUAUAAAAUGUCAAGGUCUUCUCACGACUUCAGGAGGCAUGGUUAUAAACAUGGAAUGGGGUAAUUUUUGGUCCUCGCAUUUACCUAGAACAUCAUAUGACAUUGAUCUUGAUGCCGAAAGUCAGAACCCAAAUGAUCAGGGUUUUGAGAAAAUGAUAUCGGGAAUGUAUUUAGGUGACAUUGUAAGAAGAGUAAUUCACAAAAUGUCAUUAGAAUCAGAUAUUUUUGGACCAAUUUCCUCUAAGCUUUCAGCAAGAUUCAUGUUAAGUACACCAUUAAUGGCUGCUAUGCAUGAAGAUGACACUCCAAACUUGAGUGAAGUUGCCAAGAUUCUAGAAGAAACCCUAAAUAUAAACGAUGUUCCAUUGAAAGUGAGAAAACUUGUGGUGAAAAUAUGUGAUGUGGUGACAAGAAGAGCUGCAAGGUUAGCAGCUGCGGGCAUUGUUGGAAUUUUGAAAAAGAUUGGUAGGGAUGGGACUGCAGGGAUUACAAGUGGAAGGGUUAAAAGUGGAAAAAGUGGGAAAAUGAGAAGAACAGUUGUAGCAAUAGAAGGUGGAUUAUAUUUAAGCUACAGGAUAUUUAGGGAAUAUUUGAAUGAAGCAGUUGCAGAAAUAUUAGGGGAAGAAAUUGCUCCAUUUGUGAGUCUGAAAGUGAUGGAAGAUGGAUCAGGGAUUGGAGCAGCUAUGUUGGCUGCUUCAAAUUCAAAUGUGGAUACAGUAGUACAGGUUCUAUAAAGAUAUGUUUAUAUAUAUUUAUAUAUACUUAUGAUAUAUAUAAAUAUAGAUAUAUAUAUACAUAUAGGUCCUGUAAAUUGUAAAUUCCAUUUUUCUUUGAUGUUUUUCUUAUUCAUGAUAUAUUGUAUAGAAGGGAAGGGAAUGUUGUAAAUAUGUCAUAUAGUUUGGUGUAGUUUCAUUCUCACAAUGUGUUCAUUCAUUUCUUAGGGAAAUUUGGUUUUAGAAUUUUGGUUUA